AUGAUACCCUUCAUAAACGCGCCAUUCGUUUGGUUAGCCGACAAGAUCGGCGCUGGCCCAGAUGAGUUAAAACUCGUCUUCUCCUUCCUCCUAUCGUAUCCUCUCGCCGGCCUCCUAAAAAGAGUUCCCGAUGCGCGGCCCGAGUUCAAAAACCUCUUCUCGAUUUCGAUCUCGUUAUUCUACCUCGUCGGACUGUUCGACCUCUGGGAUGGCCUCCGGACGAUUUUGAUCUCUGCGAUCGGGACAUAUGCCAUCGCGAAAUACCUGCGGGGCUCGCCGUACAUGCCAUGGGUCGGCUUCGUUUUUUUGAUGGGCCACAUGAGCGUCAACCACAUUGCGCGCCAGCAAGCCAACAGCCCUCGUUCAGUCGACAUCACGGGCGCCCAAAUGGUCGCGGUCAUGAAGCUCAGCGCCUUUUGCUGGAACGUGGCUGAUGGCGUUCUUCCCGAGACCGACCUCUCCGACUUUCAGAAAGACAGACGCCUCGUGGAGCUCCCUAGUCUCCUCAACUAUGCGGGCUAUGUCUUCUUCUUCCCCAGCAUGCUCAUCGGUCCCGCAUUUGAUUUUGUUGAGUACCGCAGGUGGCUUGACACUACCAUGUUUGAGGUGCCGGCCAAUGUUGAUCCGUCCAAGAAGCCGCCUACCCGUCGCAAGCGCAAAAUCCCCCGCAGUGGGACUCCCGCCAUGAAGAAGCUAGCCCUUGGUUUGAUCUGGACCUUUUCGUUCCUCAAGCUAUCCGCCCACUACUACCCCGAGGUGCUUUUGGAGGAUAAGUUUGUGACGUAUGGGUUCCUCCACCGGCUGGUGGUGCUGCACAUGGUUGGCUUCACCGCGCGCUGCAAGUACUAUGGUGUCUGGACCAUGACAGAGGGCGCCUGCAUUCUGGCUGGCCUGGGUUUUAAGGGUGUCGACCCCAAGACUGGAAAAGUGUCUUGGGAGAGGCUCCGGAAUAUCGACCCUUGGGAGGUGGAGUUUGCACAGAACACGAGGGGGUACUUGGGGGCGUGGAACAUCAAUACUAAUCAGUGGUUGAGGAACUACGUCUACCUGCGGGUCACGCCUAGGGGGAAGAAGCCUGGGUUUAGGGCUAGUUUGGCUACUUUUACGACUUCGGCUUUCUGGCAUGGGUUUUAUCCUGGGUAUUAUCUGUCGUUUGUGCUGGCGAGUUUUAUUCAGACUGUUGCGAAGAAACUCCGCCGUUUCUUCCGCCCCUUCUUCCUCGACCCCAAGACUCAACAGCCCCUUCCCUCCAAGAAGCUUUACGAUUUCGCCUCUUGGAUCACGACCCAGCUCACGUUUUCGUACGCGGCCGCUCCGUUUCUGAUUCUGUCCUUUUCGGGCUCGGUUACGGUUUGGGCGAGGGUGUAUUUCUACGCCGUGGUUGGGACACUGGUCUUGAUGGGCUUCUUUGCUUCCCCCGGAGUCAAGGUUGUGAAGAAGGCGCUGGAGCAGCGAAAUGCCAAGGCGGGGGUUGUGACUGAUAAGAAGAGCGGGGAUUUGAAGAGGACGGCGAGCACGGACAGUCUCAGCUCGAGCAGGGAGCCGGUGAUGGGGAUUUCGGCGGAUAUGGAGGAGGAGCUGGAUGAGAUGGUUAGGGAGGUGAAGAGGGAGGUUGAGGUUAGGAGGGCGAGGAGUAGGGAGAAUAGUUUGGUGAAGGAUAUGAAGAAGGCGAUGUAG